UGGCUUUUGCUGUCUUUUUUUUCACAUACCCUUUCAUGCCAUCAUCCGUACGAUUGUUGGCGGUCAUAUUGGCCAUACUGGCCUCCCUUUGCAGCUAUGCUUAUGCAGCUAGCACAGAAUUGAAUAUGGACACAUUCAAGUCCUUGGCCACUAAAGGCACAUGGUUUAUCGAACAUUAUUCACCUUAUUGCCCUCACUGCAUACAAUUUGCUCCCAUGUGGAAGAAAUUGGCAGCCGAAUACGAAUCGUUAGAGACAACCCACGAUUUUCACUUUGCCCAAGUCGAUUGUUCUGUUCAAGGCGAUCUCUGUCACCAAAAUAAUGUUCAGUUCUUUCCCCAUUUGCAACUGUAUGUGGACGGUCAGUUUGUUGAGACUUUUCCUUCCGCACAGCGCAACUGGGAAGGUCUUACGGCUUUUAUUGCGGAAAAAACCGUUCAAGACAAAACAGACCCACCAUCGGCAAACGCAUAUACGCCCAAUGAAGCAGGUGUAUCGGUGGAUCUCGAUCGUACAGCUUUCGAUGCUGCAAAAAGCAGCGGUAAACCGUGGUUUGUCAAGUUCUAUGCUCCCUGGUGCGGCUUCUGCAAGCGUUUAGCUCCCACAUGGAAACUGAUGGCCGAUGAACUCAAAGGACAAGUCGAUGUAGGCGAAGUCAACUGUGACGACCAUCGUGAUAUUUGUACGGAGAAUGGUGUAGCUGGUUAUCCGACUUUGAAACUAUUCAAGGAUGGAGUGGUUCACGAUUACACGACGGCCGAUCGUUCCGUUCUUAGUCUUGUCACUUUUGCAAGAACGUAUGCCGGACCUGUCGUUCAACGUGUGACCAGUGCAGAACUCGGUGAACGUAUUAAGGAGAAUGCAGUGUCGUUUGUGCUGCUGGAUCGAAGCAAUAAUCAGAAUGCACUUACAUUGGUAGAAUCUGUUGCCCAGCGCUUCAUGGAUUCUAUGAACUUUUACGUCGUUACCGAACAGCAGGCAGCGACACAGUUUAACCUUGAGGAUGCUGAUAAACCUACGAUCGUAAUUGCUAAAGAUGGUACCCGUACGACCUACAAAUCGCAAGAACUCGUGAAUACACCAGCUGCACAGGAAUCAUUGGCCAAAUGGAUCGAAUCCGAAAAGUUUCCUCUCGUUGUUACAAUGAGGCCCAGCAAUGCCGCCGACAUCUUGAGUGGUGAUCAUAUUGUGGCUUUAGCCGUUAUUCAGGCUGACGAUCAGCAACAUCACCAACAGUUCCGCAAAAUUGCCACUUCGUACGUAAAGCAGGGGAUCAAAGAAUCGGGUGCUCGGCUUUUAUUUGCACAGAUGGACAGCAAGAUCUGGGGACAAUUUAUCCAAGAAAGAUACGCCAUUGCUUCAUCAGAUAUACCUGCCCUUCUUCUCGUUGAUGCAACCAAAAACACUUACUACAAGCAGGAUGUGGAGAAGCGUGCUUUAUCUUUUGAUGAUGCUUCGGCAUUUUUGCGCGCUGUCGAAGAUUUGUCCAGCGGAAAAUUAGUAGGCACCUCGACUUUAUCUUUGCCUGGCAAAAUGGGUCAAUUCUUUACGCACGGCUACGAUUACGUCCGGCUCCACUGGAUCAUUAUCGGUCUGAGUGUCGCUGUGCUCGGUGUGCUCUUUUACAGACUGCGUCGGCAGAAAAGCGCGAAUCGUGGUAGCGGUUUGCCGUACCAUCGUCCUUUGUCCAUGACCGAACAUAAAGAUUAACGUGUACCUCUACCCCCGCUUUUUUGUUCUUUUUUUUUUAUCAGCAUGUAAAUAAUCAGAUUUAGGUAUUAAAUUCA